UUGACUAAAUCUCUAUGGUUUCUGUCUAGUUCUUCAUUUUCAGGAUUUUUCAUCUCUCAUAUUAGUUGUAUUAUACAAGAUUCAGAGUACACAGAGUUAAGAGGACGAGGAAACCCAACUUCAUUUGCAGUAAAAUUUGGGUAGAAGUUGUCACAAAACCAAGAGUAAAAGAUGGGUUUCUUGUCGCUCUUGGAGGUGGCUUCAAUGCCAAUACUACAAGUGCUCAUAAUCAGCAUAUUAGGAGCUUUCAUGGCAACAGAUUAUCUCAAUCUUCUUCCCACAGCCUCACGCAAGUCCCUCAACAAGAUUGUGUUCAUGGUGUUCACUCCAUCCCUCAUGUUUGCAAGUCUGGCUGAGACUGUCACCUUCCAAGAUCUCAUUGCAUGGUGGUUUAUGCCUAUUAAUGUAGGCCUAACCUUCCUAUUUGGAGGAAUACUAGGAUGGAUAGCAGUGAAAAUAUUGAAACCGAAGCCACAUCUAGAAGGCCUGAUCAUUGCUACAUGUUCAUCAGGAAACUUGGGAAACCUAAUGUUGAUAGUUGUCCCUGCAAUCUGUUCUGAAGAAGGCAGCCCUUUUGGUAAUCACAAAGCAUGUAGUUCCGUUGCACUGUCUUAUGCAUCUUUCUCCAUGGCGCUUGGAGGUUUCUUCAUUUGGACUUACACUUACCAACUAAUACGAAGCUCAUCAAUGAAAUACAAAGCUCUUCAAGCAGCUGAAGAGAUCUCAAAGUUACCAAACAACGAUUUAGAAUCCGAUGAGAAGACUCAUCUUCUUGAAGGAGAAGUUCAAGAACAUGUCGCUAUACUCGUGCCAUCAACAAGACCCACUGAAGAGUACACAGAAGAAAACCAAGCUAUGCCCCAAGUGUCUGCCAGCAAACUGGAGAAAGAGAACGUGUCGUUUUGGGGAAAUAUAAUAGUAGUUCUCCACCAGUUGCUGGAGGAGUUAUUGGCACCUCCAACCCUUUCUGCUAUUGUCGGAUUCUUUUUCGGGGCUAUCCCAUGGCUGAAGAACCUUAUAAUUGGUGAGAGUGCCCCUCUAAGAGUGAUCCAAGACUCCAUCAAAUUACUUGGGGGUGGAACAAUACCUUGCAUCACCCUCAUUCUAGGAGGCAACCUCACACAAGGCUUACGCACGGCAAGAUUGAAACCGAUAAUGAUUAUUGCAGUCAUCUGUGUGCGAUAUGUGCUCCUUCCAUUCAUCGGGAUUGGUGUAGUUAGAGCAGCCAGCAGUCUUGGUUUCCUUCCAUCAGACCCAUUGUACCACUAUGUGCUCAUGAUUCAAUUUGCACUACCACCUGCCAUGAAUAUUGGUACCAUGACCCAACUGUUUGAUGUGGCACAAGAGGAGUGUUCGGUGCUCUUCCUAUGGACUUACCUUGUAGCUUGCCUUUCACUCACUGUAUGGUCAACAAUCUUCAUGUGGACCUUGUCCUGAUCAAACCCUAUUGGUUCACAACUGAAGAAAGUACUUUGUGUACGUGUGUGUAAGAGAGAGAGAGAGAGAGAGAGAGAGAGAGAGCCCAAAGUCAAAUUGAGUUAGGCAUUCAUAUAGUGCAUAUACCAUGCAUUUCUGCCUUGGUGUUUUGACAUGCGUCUAUUUUCCAUUUUUUGUUUUGAUUUUUUUGACGUAAAUGAUUUGUAUUGUUUCAAUAUAGGAAAAUUGGCAGAUCAAAUUGGCAACUUGGUAUGAUAACAAAAUCAAAAGAGUAAUGUCAGAGAUCGUGAAAAAAA